AUGGAAGUCUUAGAAAAGACCUGGGCCCCAUCCUCCUUUAGUAACCCAGCUCUUCCCCCAUCCCUAAGACAUCUCAUUGCCAUCAGUCUCACCACAGAGUGCGCUGCAAAACAUGGUGAGGGCUUCAAAUGUUCCUGUCUACCCGGGCAUGGAUGGAAUGCCAGCAUCUGCCACAAUCCCUGCGAUGACUCGUCUUUCUACCCCUGUAACUGUAUCAUCCUCCAUCAUCCUAACAUUGGGUACUGCCAGUUGCUGCCACCUGUCCCUGCGAACCUGAGCCUGAACCCAGCACUGCCUAGUCCUGGCAGCAACCUGACCUUGGUCAUGCUCCUUAGCCACGAGGCCACGCAGCUGAGCUGGUACCUGCAGUCAGUGAAGAACGAGACCCCAGUGAUGCUGCAAUCUGGAACUCAGGUGUCCUUUACUGCCAUGAAGGACCAGGCUGUCCUCACCAUCACUAAUGUCUCCCAAGAUUGGGCAGGCUGGUAUGCAUGCCGCUUUGUGUCCCGGGGAUUCCCGUGGGAGCUGCGUAAGCUGGUGGAAGUGCCCCUGCAGGCCAAUGACGUGCUUCCACAUCCAAAGCAGCUCUCUAUUUCCUGCAAUGCCUUCUCCGGCUUCCAGUUAAGAUGCUGCUUCCCCAGCACAAAUCUGGCCUAUGCUGCCUCCUGGAGCCCUCCAUAUCCAUCUAGUACCACAGUCUUGUCCAGGACCUCUGAGACACAGUGUCUCACUCUUGCUGUGUCAAGCUGCCCUGAGAAUGAUACCAACUAUACCUGUAAGCUGCAGAGCCCUGGAUUGGACCCUGUGAGCAUCCCUAUCUCCGUCUCCAUUAUCCGGGAUCGAGAUACUACUUGUCCCCAGGACUCUUUGGGUGGUGACUGGACCGUCACUAAAGCUGGAUACGUGGCCCAGAUCCCAUGUCCUAUGAACAGGAUAGGAAUGGUUGAGAGGCACUGUGGGGCCAAAGGCAUCUGGGGACCCAUCAAGAACAGCUGCACUGACAUGAGGCUAGUGGCCAUGUUUCGCACAGCCCAGCUGUUAUUGGCAGGCCAAGGUAAGCCAAAGGGGAAGGUGCCACAGCUCGUGAAACAGUUGCAGAAGCAGGUAGCAGCUGUGAGUUCUCCCUCUGACUUAUUAGCACUGGUGGAUACUGUGAACAUCUUGGCCCAGGUGGUGACCAGGGCCAGGACAGAACUUAACCGCAAGACCUUGGAGGAUUUUCUGAAGGCCACAAAUGACCUCUUGGAGUUGGAUCCCAAUUCUAUUUGGGCCCCAGCCCAGGCCCGGAUGCCCUCGGUGAGUUCAGCAAUCCUGCAGGCUGUGGAGAGCCUGGGUCAAAGCCUGUGUUCCAAUGACUACCCCUUCUAUCUCACCUUGCCCAAUGUGCAGCUACAGACCCAGCUUCUUGGACCUAUGACGCCAGAGGACUAUAGUAUCUCCUUUUCCACUCAUCCCCCUAUCAGGGCAAAAAUCUCACACCAUGCACUGGCUCAAUUGCCUUGGAAGACUGGCAAUAUCAGUAUCACCAGCAUAGUACUGAGUAAAUUGGGCCAUAUCCUACCCAUGAACUAUGGGAAAGGGUUAAGGGACUUACUCAAUGCCACUCCUGGCUUGGUUCUCUCCAACUCCAUCAAAGAUGGUAAUCAGACUGUAAGGAAGGUGGAGAUCAUUAUGGAUUUUGGGGGUACAGAAGGUAUUCCCACUUGUGUCUUCUGGGACCACAACCUCUUCCAGGGUGCAGGUGCCUGGUCGAAGGAGGGCUGUGAGACUAGGGUGGGUAACACCAGCAGCACCACUCAGUGUAUCUGCUUGCAUUUAACCUCCUUUUCCGUGCUUAUGUCCCCCCAUUCUGUCCCAGAUAACCUGACUUUGACAUUGCUGACCCAGGUGGGUUUGGGGGCCUCAAUAUUGGCGCUGCUAUUAUGCCUGGGAGUAUACAGAGUUGUAUGGAGGACGGUGGUCCGGAAUAAGAUAUCUUACUUUCGGCAUGUGGCCUUACUCAAUGUGGUACUCUGCCUGCUUGUCGCUGACACCCUCUUCCUUGGGGAGUCACUGUUGUCCCUAGGCCCCCACAGCCCACUUUGCCUACCUGCCACCUUCCUUUGCCAUUUUUUCUAUUUAGCUGCUUUCUUCUGGAUGCUAGCCCACGCCCUGGUGCUAGCUCAUCAGCUCCUCUUCGUCUUUCACCAAUUGUCUAAACGCUAUGUACUGCCCAUUAUGUUUGUCUUGGGCUACCUGUGCCCAUUGGGGUUCGUGGGUACAACAUUGGGCCUGUACCUCCCUCAAGGACAAUAUUUGUGGGAGGAUGGAUGCUGGCUGGAUGGGAAGAGUGGGGCAAUCUAUACUUUUAUGGGGCCAGUGUUAGUCAUUGUAGGGGUGAACGGGCUGGUGCUGGCGAUGGCUGUGGUGAAACUGCUGAGGCCCUCAUUGUCCGAGGGGCCCCAGACUGAGAAGCGGCAGGCUCUUCUAGGUGUGAUCAAGGCACUGUUUAUCCUUAUGCCCAUCUUCGGUCUGACUUGGUUACUGGGCUUGGCCACUUUGGACAGAGGCAGCAACAUCCCUCACUACCUGUUCACCAUUCUUAAUAGCACCCAGGGGGUCUUUAUCCUACUCUUCGGCUGUCUUAUGGAUAAGAAGGUACAAGAAGCAUUGCUCAAACACUUCUGCUGUGUUCUUCCUGCUGUCUCCAGCGUCUCCCUGCAGGCCACAAAUGCCAUGAGUGACUUGGAAUCCAGCAAAUGA